GGUGGUUGCCCGCGUUAUGCAUUUUACUACUUUCGUAAACAACACCCUUUCGCUUUCUCUUUAUUUUUUAUCGGGAAUUAUAUUAUGAGUUUUCUUUCUUAUUUGAUUCGUUUGGGACGGAUGAAACGAAUGUAUUGAAUGGUCAGAAGUGAAAAAAGUUUUGCAUACCCAGUUUCCAACAACAUUUUUUAAAUUAUAAAAUCAUAAUAAUUAUGGUGAUAUGUUGCUUGUGUUUGAAAGAAUCCGAAGAUGUUACAGAUAUAUUUGGGGAUCUCGAUGAUCGGCCACCGAAUGUUGCAAUUGUUAUAGCAAAGCAUUUUUGGUUUGAACCUCUCAAAGAUGACCCAGCCUUUACAGCAAUCUGUAUCAUAUGUUGGAGGAAGCUUAUGGAUUUUCAUGAGUUCUAUGAAAUGGUCGAAACUGCCCAUCAGCGUAAUAGCAGACCUGAAAUUGUUACUGUAAAAACAGAGACUCCCGCAUUGGAUACUAAAGAUGAACCCAACAACGAAGCCUUUGAAGAAAUGGAUGAGGUGCCAUUUUCUGCCAACAUGAUGGCGACAAAUAAAUUAACUUCCAUGACCUUAAUAGCAGACGAACUGAGCUACAGUAGGCAGUCGGUAGACGACAAUGAUGAUCACAGUUUUGAUAAGGGUGAUAUGUGUUUUAAAGAUGAAUCUGACGAUUCGGAUCCUUUUGAUGACACGGAAAUGGAAGCAAAUAACGAUGAUAUACCUUUAUCAAAGUUGCUGGGAUUGUCUAAAAGCUCAACCAAAGAUAAGAAUUUAUGCGAAACAGCAGUGCAAGAAAAUGUAGCCCAAAAGCCUAGACGAGGCCGGAAAAAGAAAAUGAAAACGGAGUCCAACAUUGAUGAAAGUUCAAAUCAUAAAACAAGAAAGACGAAAUCUAAGGAGAAAACAGUUAAGGAUAUCGAAGAAGAAAGUGCGUACAAAAACAAAAUGAAGUCAUUCGAUCAGGAAAUAUCACAGUACAUGGGAUUGCAUUGUGAUGUUUGCAAUAUAGCCGUAGAGAACUUUGCUGGUAUUAAAAACCAUAUGCGUUUGGAACACAAUAUAGACAAUGGCUACGUAAAAUGUUGCGAUAAAAAAUUCCACAAAAGAGCGAAUCUUUUGUAUCAUGUGCGUCACCAUGUCGAUCCAAAUUGUUACAGAUGCGAAGAAUGCAACCAAACAUUUUCUGAUUACCAAUCUCUGCGUAAUCACCUUAAUGUGAAACAUCAAAAGGAAGAGGACAAAAUAUACAAAUGUACAGAAUGCCCAAAAAAGUUUGCCAGGAAAUAUUUACUGGAACAGCACAGGACAUUUAAGCACAAAGACCACAAGCAGUGCAAAAUGUGCAAUAGAAGAUAUAAAACCAUAGAGGAAUUAGAAGAGCACAAUAAGGAACCCUGUGCGGUAGGGAUUAUGUGCGACAUAUGUGCAAAGGUUAUAUUUGGCCCUGGAGCAUUUAAACGCCAUCAAUUGGAACAUGAUGGUAGCCAGUCACAUAAAGUUCAGUGCGAUAUGUGCGGAUCAUGGCAUAGAGACAAGUAUGCCCUACGGAAACACAAAAGGCGCCACCUGGAACCGAAGACGCCACAUGUCUGUGACAUUUGCCAAAAAGUAUCACCUAGUCGUGAAGCCAUGGUUAGCCAUAAGAAAUAUGCCCAUCGUUCUGAUAGAAUAUUCGAGUGUGAAUUCUGUCACAAAUCCUUUAAACGACCUAUAUCUCUGAGAGAACACAUAACCACACAUACGGGAGCAGUGCUGUAUACAUGUCCCCAUUGCCCAAAAACAUUUAACUCAAACGCCAAUAUGCAUUCACAUCGUAAAAACGCCCACCCCAUAGAAUUUGAAGAAGCCCGUAAACGGCGCAAAAGAAUUGGAUAUUUGGGAGAUCAAAAAUCAGUAACAACUUGUACAGAAACGGAAACAAAUGUGCAACAAAGCAUUACCCAAAAUUAUUCAACAUCUACUAAAGUUGGGAGUAAUGAUCCCAUUCCUUAUAACAAUAAUGACGAUAAUAAAGUAACACCAUGAUUCUAAUAAACCCUGUGCAUUUGUCA